GGGCCGGACCCGGACGUCCGAGAGCGGCUCAGCUUCGCUUUCGCUUCGCUGUGCUCGGCCGGUGCGGGCUGGGCCCGGAGCCGGCGGGGAACGGGCUGUGUGUGCCCCGAUCGACGCCCCACGGAGGGACGGACAGGGCUCCGGGCACAGACCUCCCCAAAGCCCGUCGAUGUCGCCGCGCCUGCUCAGGAUGCUGGGCUGGGGCUCGGCGGCCGUGCUAGGACUGCUGACGGUGACCGUCUUCGUCCUGGUCCUGAUCCCGGCAAAGGAUGCUGUCCUUCCUACCAAGAUCAAAUACGGUCUGGUGUUUGAUGCUGGCUCCACACACACGUCUCUCUACAUCUACCGGUGGCCAGCACACAAGGAGAAUGGCACCGGCAUCGUCUCCCAGGUGGAGGGCUGCUCUGUGGCUGGACCCGGCAUCUCCAGCUAUGCAGACAACCCUGCAGGGGCUGGUGCCAGCCUGAAGCCUUGCCUGGACAGGGCCAUGAAGAUCAUCCCGGCCGAGCAGCAGCGGGAGACCCCCACGUACCUGGGGGCCACGGCCGGCAUGCGGCUGCUGAGGGAGGAGAACAGCACCAAGGCCGAGCAGAUCUUUGCUGAGGUGUCCAAGGCCAUUGGGGAGUACCCUGUGGAUUUCCGUGGAGCUCAGAUCCUGACGGGCAGCGAGGAGGGCUCCUUUGGCUGGAUCACUGUCAACUACCUGCUGCAGACACUGGUCAAGUUCUCGUUUGCAGAGAAAUGGGAACAUCCCCAGGACACUGAGGUUCUGGGAGCGCUGGACCUUGGCGGUGCCUCGACGCAGAUCACCUUCCAGCCCGGGGUCCCUGUGGAGGACAGGAACACGUCCGUGUUCUUCCGGCUGUAUGGCACCGAUUACUCCCUUUACAGCCACAGCUACCUGUGCUAUGGGCAGAAACAGGUCCUGAAGAGGCUGGUGGCAGCUCUGCACCAGGCCAACUUGAGUGCUGAGAUCUCGCACCCCUGCUACCCCCAGGGGUACCAGGAGAACCUCACCGUGGCAGAGCUCUACGACAGCCCCUGUGUGCAAGCACCAAGCUCAGUCAACCCUGACCUUGUCCUCAGCGUGAUGGGGACAGGGGACCCAGCCGCGUGUGCCACGGCCGUGCAGAGACUCUUCAACUUCAGCUGCGGGGCGCAGUGGCCGUGCGGGUUCAAUGGGGUGUACCAGCCCCCUGUGCGGGGACAGUUCUUCGCCUUCUCGGGGUUUUAUCACAGCCUUCAUUUUCUGAACUUGACAGGAGGGCUGUCCCUGAGCUUUGUCAAUACUACCAUCUGGAAGAUCUGCAACAGCAGCUGGGAACAGGUGCAGGAGUUGUUCCCCAUGGCGAGCAGGACCCAGCGCCGUGACGCCUGCACAGCCAGCUCCUACACCCUCACCCUUCUCCUGCAAGGCUACAAAUUCAACUACACAACAUGGCCUAACAUCCACUUCGUCCGGCAGGUUGCUAAUGUAGAUGUGGGCUGGACUCUGGGCUGCAUGCUCAAUCUCACCAACAUAAUCCCCUCGGAGCCUCUCACAGCAGUCACAGAGCUCCCGAGAAGCAUCUGGAUAGCAACCACAGUUCUGCUGGCCAUCAUGCUCAUCCUCACCUUCUGCCUGCUCACAGCCAUGUGCUACCAGAGAAACUCCUCAGGCUAUGAGCAGCUGUAGCAGCGUUGCCUCUGGAGGCUGGGGGGCCACUGAGUCCUGCUGCCACACCUUUGCAAGGAGCUGCUUCUCAGGAACCACCCUUGUGUGCCCAGAGGACUUGUCCUGGGGGGCCCUGAGUCCUGGCCUGGUGAGCUGGAACUGGCACAGCUGUAAAACACCCUCCUCAUAGCUGUGUGCUCUCCAGUUCUCCUUUCCCUGCGCUGCUGGUUGGAGGUGCUCCAGGAGGGAGGGCUUGGCCAUGUGGGGCAGGGGCUCAGCACUGGAGCCUGGGGACCACCGUGCUGUGGGGUGGCAGGAGAUGGGGAUUUCGGGCGUGUGGCAGCAGUGGGACUGUCAAACAGCUGGUUACAGCCCACAGCAGAAACCCUGGGUGAGACACACACAUCCUGCCCCAUCCCAGGGCCAGGGUCUGCAUCCCCCAUGGCCAGUGCCAGCCCCAGGGGCUGUGGCAUUGGGGAUGUGGGGGGCACUGGCCUGGUAGACAGGGCUCUGCCUAGGACUGGGGGAGGGCACAGCCCCCUCCUCUCCUGCAUGAAGUUCCUCUCCAGUCCAGCUGCACCCCAGGCCCCAUGCCUGGCAGACAGCUCAUCCUCCCUUUCUGACACAGGGUGACCUGGGAACUGCUGGGACACGGCAGAGGCAGCUCCCAGGCCCCCCCUUAUAUUUUUGGGGAGUCCCCCUUGCAGCCAAGUGAUGGGUGAGUUGAGACACCUCCUCUGAGAAGGAAAAGGCCUAUCCUCAUGCCCUGUUGGUUCUACUCCAAGGUCCAGCAGACACCUCAGGGUCUCCAGGGACACCUCCCAUAGAUUCGUUGCCUCUCCCCUGAGUCUCCGUCAUCACCAGCCACUACUUGGGAGACAGAAGUAAUAAAAUCACAAUGAUUUGGGAGCAAAGUA